ACACCCACCAUUUCCUUCUCACAAUUCACCCUUUUCUCUCCAUCCUCACAACAAAUUCUCUUCACCCUUUAUACUUUUAUUUACAUCAACCAAGCAUGGCCGAUAAACAACCCCACUUGAAUGGUGCUUAUUACGGUCCCGCCAUUCCCACAGCCGAACCACCACGCUACCGCCCUCAACGCGGAAGAAGCUGCUGUUGCUGCCUCUUCGGAAUCUUGUGGAAGAUUCUGGUUGUACUCAUCGUCCUCGUUGGCCUCGCAAUCCUCAUAUUCUGGCUGGUUGUUCAACCCCGCUCCUUCAAGUUCCAUGUCACGGAAGCCGACCUAACCCAAUUCGACUAUAACGCCGACAACAGCACCCUCCACUACAACAUGGUCCUGAACUUCACCGCACGCAACCCCAACAAAAAACUGAACAUCUACUACGACAAAGUGGAAGCAUUGGCAUUCUACGAGGAUGCCAGAUUCUCCAAUGACGAUGUGAUAACGCACAUGAACUCGUUCAGGCAGUACACGAAGAGCAGCAGCCCCAUGAGCGCUGUUUUCUCAGGGCUGAAGGUGGUGACACUAAACAAUGAACAAGUGUCUGAGUUGAACGAAGACAAGAGCGAUGGCGUUUACGAAUUCUAUGUGAGGCUGAACUUCAGGAUUCGAUACAGACUCGGGGAUGUCAUCUCUGGUGACUUCAAACCCAAGGUCAAAUGUCAUAUCAAGGUUCCCUUCCCUAACAAUGCCUCUCAAACUUUUCAGACCACCAAGUGCGACGUCGAUUACUAGAUUACAUCUCCCAUUUUCUUCCAUUCAUUUUCGUUUUUUCUUUCUUUACCAUUUUUUAUAUUUUAUGUAUACGUUUUCUUGAAAUCAUAUUCAUGUAGAUACUUCUAUAGAAUUGUCUUUCACUUUUA